CGGACAGACGGCCGGUGGUCAAAGCCAGCCUUCCUGAAUUGCCUGGGCUGUCGGGCCCCGCAGCCAGCGGGAGGAAGACAGCCAAGUCCCAGCCUGGCUCUAGAUCCCUCCCACUUUGGACCUACAAAACCUUCAGCUCAGAGAGCAGCCCUGCAUUCCCUGCUCUGCACCCACACCCUGCACCCCAGCGGACUCAGGUCCAAGAGGUGAGAGUGAGACUCCAACAGCUGGCCUUGUUAUUAAGGGAAGCAGGCCCCAGCCCAGCCCUGACGCAGCAGCAUGGAGCAGGUCCCGGACACCUCCCGCCCGCCACUGGAAUACGUGAAGGGGGUCCCUCUCAUCAAGUACUUUGCAGAGGCACUGGAGCCCCUGCAGAGCUUCAGAGCCAGGCCGGAUGACCUGCUCAUCAGCACCUAUCCCAAAUCCGGCACCACCUGGGUGAGUGAGAUCCUGGACAUGAUCUACCAGAACGGCGACUUGGAGAAGUGUCGCAGGGCCCCCAUCUUCAUGCGGGUGCCCUUUCUUGAGUUCAAGGCUCCAGGGCUUCCCUCAGGUAUGGAGACUCUGAAAGAUGCGCCAGCCCCACGGCUCCUCAAGACGCACUUGCCCCUGGCCCUGGUCCCACAGACGCUGCUGGAUCAGAAGGUCAAGGUGAUCUACGUUGCCCGCAAUGCAAAGGAUGUGGCCGUCUCCUAUUACCACUUCUACAACAUGUGCAAGGUGCACCCUGACCCUGGCAGCUGGGACAACUUCCUGAAGAUGUUCAUGGCUGGAGAAGUGUCCUACGGGCCCUGGCACCAGCACGUGAAGGAGUGGUGGGAACUGAGCCGCACCCACCCUCUGCUCUAUCUCUUCUACGAGGACAUGAAGGAGAACCCCAAAAGGGAGAUUCAAAAGAUCCUGAAGUUUUUGGGGCGCUCCCUGCCAGAGGAGAUUGUGGAUCGCAUUGUCCAGCAAACAUCUUUCAAGGAGAUGAAGAAAAACAGCAUGGCCAACUACGACGCCAUACCCAAUAACAUCAUGGACCAGAGCAUUUCCCACUUCAUGAGGAAAGGCAUCGCCGGGGACUGGAAAAACACCUUCACUGUGGCCCAGAAUGAGUGCUUUGACGCUGACUAUGCUGAGAAGAUGGUGGGCUGCGAGCUCAGCUUCCGCUCAGAGCUGUGAGUGGUGCCUGCCAGGAUGGAUUCAGAGGGAGGGGUGUGGGGCGAGCCCGGGAACCAGCUCAAGAAUAAAGUGCGAGUGGUGGGAAAUGGAGAGCCUCUGCUGGCGCUGCGAGCAAACCUGAGCUAGAGUAAAUGCCUAGUGGGAUGGAAUGAAGCCUGCACUUCCUCAGCUUGCCCUCUAGGGGACUGGGAGGAAGGGUCUGGAAAAAUAAAACUCAGGAGACAAGGGUGAAGGGCAGAAUAUUUAUUGGCUCACACAGUCUGUUGCAUUCCCCCCGGACGGUGGCAGGAGAUCUCGUCUGCCAGGUGCUUCACUUUUUCUUGGGCUCCUUGCACGCCACCACGUACCUCUGGGCCACAUUGAGCGGGGGGGAGUAGCCGUCUGCAUAGGAGGUAUCUUCAAACAGGACUGAAUAGUCAUCCUGGGGCUGUGGCAGGGGCAACGGGAGAGGGUGUUCAGAGAGGCCCUCCCCAAGCCUAGACUGAUGCGAGCCCCCAGUGUGUGGGCUCCCCACCUCUUUCCUAUCCUCACUCAAGAAGUCUAGACAUUUCACUCAGUGCCUGUGGCUGUAAAGGUCUUUGCUCAGUAACAGAGGCCCAAUCAGGCCACCAAGCAGGAAGCAGGGUGACCAGAGACCUCCAUGGUGAGCCCCGGCUGGAGUCUGGUGCCUUGCAAGCACCUGUGUGCAAGGGAUCAAGGAUAACCCAGAGGCCAGCGGGUGGGGACCAUGAAGCAGAGGAGAGAUCAACCUUUAACCUGCUUCUUGGGUGGUGGGGACCAGUCAUGUCCUCAGAGCACGACGGAAAGCAGCCCUGGGCCAGGAGCGGCGCGGGAGCUGCUGCCCACCUCAGUGCAAAAGUGAGGCUGGACCAGAGGCAAACCAGGUCCCUUCCAGUCAGCACUUGCUAAGGCUGAGGUGGCGCUGCCCUAGAGGACAGGGCUGCAGUGGUGUGACAGGGCAGAUUGUAAGCAGAAGAGGAAGGCCAACUCACAGGCCCCUCCUUGCUCAGCUAAGAUGAGGUCAAGAGGGGCCAGUGGGAAGAUGCCCCCAUGACUGGUCAGCCUGUUCUUGGUGUCGCAGGUGAUCUCUCCCCGCGAGAGAGUGGGUGAGGGUUGCCUCACCCGCUGUGGAGGCGUGUGGAUCAGGGCACGGUAGAAGCAGGUGGUCUGGGGGUACAGGGCCAGCACGAGCUGCUCCUUCUGGAAUAAGGCUUCAGGGUCCGUCUCAGGGUUGGCCUUCCACUGGGGCAGAGGGAUGAUGCGCCGCCGGCUCAGGGUGUGUCUCCUGGAGGAGGUCUUAGGUCAACUGGUGGCCAAGAUGGGGACACCUUCCCAGCAGCCCAACUACCCCAAGGCGCCCCAACCCUUCCCUGAACAGUACUCACUCUUUGCCUUCUUCAUCAAUGUCAUCUACCUCAUACCUAUAGAUGAACAGAAGAAAAAAGGUGAAUAUAGGGAGGUGCAUGUCCAAGCAUGCCGUGGGGCAGGGAGGAGCCCAGGGGGGCUUCCUGCUCACAGGCCACCCUUAGCCCCACCUUGGGGGACCACUUUGCUCAUUGUGGAGGGUGAAUGCAUGGCAGAUGUGCUGGUGGGAGGCAGCCCAGGGGCUGGCUGGUCACUCACUUGUUGGUGGCAUGGCUGUAACUGACCACCUCGGCCAGGAUCCACUGCUCAUCCCCAUCUACAGCCUUCACCCGGGCAGCCACCUUGUCCCCGGGUUUGGCCACGUAGUCCCCAGAGGCUGGAAUGGCCCCACACAGAGGCGGGGGCCUGAGGGUAG